UCUUCAUUUCAGAUGCAGUUAAUAUUGUGACGUAACAAUGUUUACACUAGUUACCUGAGAAAAAUCAGCUGAUCGAAACGUUGUUCCCAAGCGUAUCGCCGCUUGUCGAACCAGAAUGUCUUCAGCAGAACAGUUUUACUGGAAGAGGAAGCUUCCAAAAGGUUUCCAAACUCAGCUGGAAAGUAUAGGCCGUGCAAUCAUUAGAGGACAGCCUGAUAAUGUCUACGAAUUUAUUGCUGCUUAUUUGGAAGGAAAGCUGGUAGCCAGGAAUGCUGAACUGAAAGUUUUGCCAGAUGUAUCAUACCUACAAAGAAUACAGAAGAAACGGACAGAAGCAGGUGCCAAGAAAGCAGCCCAGGAACAGGAAGAACAAACUGCCGCAAACGCAGCUGAAACCAAAGAAUCCACAGAACAAGCUGUUGCCACUGCCUCUGAAACCAAAGAAUUCACAGAACAACUUCCAGUGGAUCAAAAACACCAAAGUGAGCCAAGCAUUCCAGUCGCCGAAAAAGAGCUAGUAGAAACAGAAGGUGGAAAAUCGGCAGACGCCAUUCAAAAGACAGACAUGGCGGACGUAGAAGUAUUGAACACACCAACUGUCAUUCCAACAUUGGAAGGUGAUUCAGGACGCGAUACACCUGCAGCUGUAACCGAAGCCGUUUCAAAGUCAUUAGACGCAGCCCAACGGCCAGACACUCCAAUGGAGAUACCAUCAAGCGCCCCCGAAGUAGCAGCAGAGUCUACAGAACAGACGACGGUGAAAAGCACACCAGAGGAAGUGCCUACAAUAGAAAUGUCUGCAGACGAAUCUCACGAGAAAGAAGAUGAUACAAAAGAAGAAGCUGUACAAGAAGUAAAACAAGAAGCAGUGGAUACUGUUGUAGAAGCUCCUCAAGCAGAAUCUGGAACUACCGAACCAUCUUCAGAACAAAUACCGCAAGAUACUGUAGAGGCUGCUACAGCUGAACAGACUGAUAAACCAGCAGAACCAGAAUCAGUUCAACUCGCACAAACAGAGCCCGAACAGAACCCUGAGACAAAAGAAGAUGAACAAAAGACAUUAGAGUCUUCAGAAGGUAAGAAAGCAGAACCUGAAACUGCUGAAGAACACGCAACACCAAUCACAGAACAACCGGAAGAAACGACAUCCGCUGAACCACAGGCUGAUCAACCACCAUCGGAACUACCUAAAACAGAAGAAACAACGACAGGAGUUGAGCAAGAGGUGGUAGGAGCAACUCAAGAAAUCACAUCAACUGAACCAGAGUCUGAUAAAACAGAAACUGUCACUGAACAGCCUCAGGAAACAACAACUGAUGAAACAAAAUCUGACCAGCCGCUGACUGAAAAUGAGACUUCAGAAUCAAAAGAUGCUGCCCAAGAUGAACCAAUCGUUCAGAGUCCAACAGCUGCAUCUGAACCAGAACAACCUGUCGUUGACAAAUCAGUAGAAGCUGAAUCGGCACCAUCUGGAGCGAUUGAAGCGGAACAAUCUGAUAAACAGGUAUCAGAGAACAUAACAGAAAGUGCGGCAGCUGUUGAAAAAACUGAAGAGUCGAUCACAGAAGCGGAACAAAGUGGUCAGACAGAAACAGAAACAGCUCAAUCAGAGAAUACAACAACCGAACAGGACAAUGGAUCAGCUGAACAAAGCACAGAACAAGUUGAAAAAAUUGAACAAACACAAAAAUCUGAAACACCAGAAGAGCAACCGCCUACAGCUGUUUCAGAAGAAUCUGAAACAACAGCAGCAUCCGCCGUGUCGGAAACACAACCUUCUGAACCGCAGAUUACGACCGUAGAACCAGGAACACAAUCCGAACAAGAAACACAACCAGAGUCUGAACAAGUUGAAUCGAAACAAGAACAGCCAGAGGCUGACCAGACUGUCACAGAAACGAAAGAAGAAAGUUCGAACGAACCUGAACCAGAACAGGCUACUACAGCAGACACUGUAUCAACGACUGAGGUAGAAACAAAUCCUGAACUAGUUGCUGCCGAACAAAAAACAGAAGAGAUAAAAGAAACCGAUUCCGCUCCAGCUGUCAGUAUACCAGAACAAACUGCUUCAGCUGAGCCUGAAUCAGAACAAAAUGAUAAUUUAUACACUAGCCCUGAGCAAACUGAAUUAAAAGAAGCUGAAUCACAACAGACUACUGUAGCCGGAACUAAAUCAGGACAAACUACUGUAGCCGAAACUGAAUCAGAACAAACUACUGUAGCCGAAACUGAAUCACAACAGACUACUAUAGCCGGAACUGAAUCAGGACAAACAGCAAAUGCAGAUUCCGAAUCUUCAGGACAAACCGAACAAAUUACUCAGGCAGAACCUGCAUCAAAAGAAAAUGUUCAGACAGAUACUAUAUCUGAACCUCCGAAAGAAUCAGAACCGGCAGAUAGUGCCCCAGAUACAGAGAAACCAUCCACAACAGAAACUGAACCUGAACCUACGAAAGAAGCAGAACCGGCAGAUAGCGCCCCAGAUACAGAUAAACCAUCAGCAACAGAAACUGAACCUGCACCUACGAAAGAAGCAGAACCGGCAGAUAGUGCACCAGAUACAGAGAAACCAUCCACACCAGAAACUGAACAAAAUGAUGCACCCACAAACGAACAAACUGCUCCAUCAGCAGAACCCUCUCCAGAGGAAACGCAAGCACAAAACACCGAAAAACCAAAUGAACCAUCACCAGACGCAGCUGCAUCGGAAAGUGCACCAGAUACUGAACCACAAGAUAAACCAGAAGCCGUAAAUGCAUCUGGUUCUGAGCAAGCCGCAUCCGCCACAACGACUGAAGGCGUGCAAAAAACAGAAUCAAUGAAGGAGCCAGAAUCAUAAACAAUCAAAUGAAAACAGUCUUCUGUGAUAGACAAUAUUUGAUUUUGAUUUUAUUUACUGAUUAGGGGCCAAGAAUUGAAAAGUUGAAUGACUGUAGUUGCUUGGAAGUAAAUGUGCACUGAGAAAAAAAGAGCAUAUAGACAAAAUAUAUAGUUUUCGUUGCUUUUUCGUUUGCUUUAAUGAACCGAUUUAAUUUCAUAUAGAUUAUGAUUUUUCAAAAUUAUAUCUGUACAUUAAGAGCAAAAAUAUCAAAAUAACGAAUGCGCUGGUAUUAAUCAGAUUAUAUGAUGUAUUAUAUAUUUGACAUGUAAAUUGUAUUAUUUAUUAUGAAAAAAUAAAUUCUGCUCAACAGUUA